CAACAUCCGCCAGCUGUCGCACAUGGAGGAAUUGCCAACUUGACAGGUCACAGAUAAUCGGGUGUGGUCUCAAGACUUACAUAUCUGAAACAAGGCCACAUAAAACAAGCAGGAUUUGAAGACUUUAUAUAAUUACUGAAAUUAAAAUGGAAUUUAUUUCCAUAAAUAACCCUAUUUUAAGGAACGCACGACUUCUCCGGUCCCUACUUGUGCUGUGUUUUGUAUGGAGUGUGAUCGUGUUAGUGAGUGCAGAAGACUUCUACAAACUUCUAGACAUACCCAGAAGUGCCACGACAAAGGAAAUCAGGAAAGCUUUCAAAAAAUUAGCAGUCACAAAACAUCCAGAUAAAAAUCUGGAUGACCCUGAUGCUCAUGAUCAAUUUUUGAAAAUAACACGGGCAUAUGAAGUCCUGAAAGAUGAUGAUUUGAGGAAGAAGUAUGACACUCAUGGGGAGGAAGGUCUGAAGGAAGAUUUCCAUGGCGGCAGGCGUUACGAAAGCUGGAAGUUCUACCAGGAGGAAUUCGGUAUCUAUGACGACGACAAGGAGAUUAUAACAUUGAGCAGGUCAGAUUUCGAACAGUCUGUGGAGGGUACAGACGAUGUGUGGUUUGUCAACUUCUAUUCUUCUGGCUGCAGCCACUGUCACGACUUGGCACCUCAUUGGCGAGAAGUUGCCCGAGAGUUGGAGGGGGUUAUCAGAAUCGGAGCCGUGAAUUGUCAAGAUGAUUGGCAGCUGUGUAGGAUGCAGGGAAUCCGAUCCUACCCAUCUCUCAUCAUGUACCCAGCGAAAGAGAAGUAUCACGGUGAGAGGAUGACUAGAGCCAUGGUGAAGUACGCUCUGAAACAGGUCAAGGCCACGGUGGUCGAUCUGUGGUCAGGAAACUUUGACAGUUUGGUCAAUAACCCUGACAAUGACCGACCCUGGCUCAUCACAUUCUGUGGCGAUGGGGGAGACUGUUUGACAAAGAGCGCAUGCAUCAAGCUGGCAGCCAUGUUGGAGGAGCUGGUAAACGUGGGGAAGAUGGACUGCCACAAUAACGAGGAGAUGUGUACAAGUGUAGGUGUGGAGUACGGUACCAUGUACUACGAGAGUGGCCAGGUCGUAAGGGAGAGGGGUUGCAACAGGAAGGUCAUUAAGGAAGAGGUCACUGGUGGGGUGGCAAUGGUAACAAUGACUAUGAAAAUCACCAGUUUGUUUGCCCAGGAGAUUGCUCAUCAAGUGAUGUCACAGCUACCAGACGUGGCAGUUAUGGACAAAAAGACAUUCCAGGACAUUGAGAAAAGGCUCAAGAAGGGACAGAAGAGGCCAUGGCUGAUACACUUUGUGGAGGGCAAUGCUGAUCAGGACAUCGAGUACAGGAAAUUGCCAGGCAUGCUCAGCGAUAUUCAGAUUGGACGAGUUGACUGUCAGCUGAUGAGGACGGAGUGUAAUGAUCUACAUGUGAUCAAGUUUCCAAGUUUCCUGGUAUUUAAAGAGACCGGCGGAUAUGAGAUCUACUAUGGUCGGAUGACAGCCCAUGAUGUUGCAGCAUUUGCACGUGACAGUGCAGUGGUCAAAGUGGAAUCUCUAAGGAAGGAGGACUUCAGAGACCACAGAGUCGGACCAGACAGCUCAGACACAUGGUUCGUCGACUUCUUUGCUCCGUGGUGUCCACCCUGUAUGAAGCUGUUGCCAGAGUUUAGGAAGGCGGCCAAAAGCUACGGAGAGAUGGUCAACUUUGGCACGGUUGAUUGUACCAUACACGCUGACAUCUGUCAAAUGUACAAUAUCCAUUCCUACCCCACCACCAUACUUUACAAUGCCUCAGUGCCUUUACAAUACCAUGGACAUCAUCGUGCCAGCGACUUGGGCGAGUUUAUAGAGGAUACUCUCAAACCUCCUGUGUUAUCACUUGAUUUCAAUAGCUUUGAAAUGCUGGUAAGACAGAAGGAUGAGGGUGUGAUCUGGAUCAUCGACUUCUAUGCGUCAUGGUGUGGCCCAUGUCAACAGUUAGCCCCAGAGUGGAGAAGGCUUGCCAAGAUGCUGAAGGAUACCAAAAACGUCUUUGUGGCCCAAGUGGAGUGUCAGAAAGAGGCAAUGCUGUGUCGGCAGGAAAACGUCAACUCCUAUCCCAGCUUGAGACUGUACCCUGCCGAUUCUCAGAAGGGCAGCGGUUCAUUUUUUACGUACAACGAGUGGCACAGAGACGCCCAGUCCCUACGAGCCUGGGCGUUUGAGUUCCUACCAAGUAAAGUAGAGACACUGCGCUACCACAACUUCCACCAAAAAGUGCUUUCCAGUUCGACUCCGUUCAUCGUUGACUUUUACGCCCCAUGGUGUGGACCUUGCCAAGUCUUCAAACCAGAAUUUGAAAAAAUUGCAGAGACACUUGACGGUCGUGUGAAAGCUGGCAAGGUGAACUGUGAUGAAGACCGUUAUCUGUGUCAGCAGGCUGGUGUGUCUGCCUACCCCACAGUCAGGUUCUACAAGGGAGCACGCAAAGGCAUGGCUCAGCACAUGUAUGGACAGGACAUUGACUUCCUAGAUGCUGAUCAAAUUAUCAGAUUCAUCAAAGGAAGGAUACCAGCAGUUCAAAAGACAACACAUGACGAGCUUUGAAGACCUGUAAUUGAGCAAUAUUAUCCGGUUUAGUUUCCUUUAAGUGUUAAAAUUGUUUAAAUUUUCAUUUACAGUUUCAUCCAUUAAUAAGUUCAGCAAGCAAAACGUUUUCUUACAUGUAGCUCGAGUCAUCUGAACUGUGAGAAACUGAAUCUCAAAAUAGGUGCUGGAUAUAAAACCAUUCCAUUCUGAUAUUCUAGCUACCAUAGUUAUCCAGCAAUAAGCCCAUGCCUGGUAAUAAGCCCAUCCAUACAUAUGGCAAUUCAGCAGAAAUGCCAACAAAUGCUUUCUUUGUCCUGUAGUAAGCCCAUCCCCUUGUUAAAGUCUGAGAUAA